UCGACUCGGGAAAGGCAUCUGCAGCUGGACGACCAGGACUACACCAUCAACUCGAGGUUCACGCGUUCACAACAUUCUGCUAUUGCACUGCUAGUACAUAAUUGUUGUCGUUGACUCUUCCUCUCCUUUCCAACAUUCCUUCCAACGUUUCAUUCCUGGCCGCCGCUCCCGGCUCUCUACUCUAUCACAAGCGCCCUACCUACACAGCGUAUCAAUGACUCGAAUAUUUCUGCGGCAUCGCCUUAGUGCUGUUUUUGGGAUGAGCUGUCUCGCGCUCUGGUUCUAUGAGUUUGGCCUGACUUUGUGGUCAUGGUUCACGCUUGUGUCUUCCCUCGCGGCAGUGGUCGUGUUCCUGUUUGUUUCGAGGGCGUAUAUCGCUCCUUACGUUGUCAUGCGUUUUUCCAAUCAUCUACGUGUGCGAAGCAUCAGUCUUCGCUCGAUUCGUGGUCUAUACUUCCGUCGGGGAAAUCGUACGUGGCAUAUUGAACGCAUUGGGUAUUCCUACCGUUCGUCUGGGGAAGACAAGCCUAGAGGAAUUCUACUCAAGAUUCAGGGUCUCAGAAUUGAGUUCGAGCAGCUAUCACGCGAGCUGCCCGUUCGGACUAAGCAUAGGCGUAGAAUCACUCUGGUGGACUUGUCGCCCUCCCCUCUGGCUUUGCAUCUAUGGUCCAUCAUGUCAACCGUAUAUUGGAUGUUCGACCCGAUCAUCCGCCCGAUCAUCCGCAUUUCUGUCACGUCUAUUUUGAAUCAGGUGAUUCACCGCAUCCCUACUCUAACUCAAGCCCUUCGCCUGGAAAUCGAAUCGGCUGUCAUCACAUACACAGCUAUCCCAGAUACCCAACUCGUCGUUGAAGGAGCAGAAUUAGACGCACAUCUUACGUUCAGCCAUCUUCAGGUCCCAGUUCCUCAUUCCGACAAAAUCAACGGUCAAGGGGACCACAGACCGUCUGCUGCAGCGUUGGCCAUGGGAGCAUGGAAGUCUCGGCUUGCGAUGGGUUUCAAGCGUACGUGGAGACGUGCUUGGGAUAGCACACUGGGCCAAACAAAGGCUUCUUUAACGUUCAAUUUAAUGGUCAAUAAAGUCAUUGGUGACACCCCUAUUCAUAGUCAUCCAGGCAGCGAACCAAUCAUAUAUCUGUCUAAGACAGUAACUCUCAGCGGGGCUGCUCGAUUCAGUCCAAAAGACGGGAAGAUAGAAGCGGGUAGCGUCGAGGUUUCUUUGUGCGUUCCGAAUGUCCAUGUCUCCAUCGACCGUUGGCAAUCCAUCCUUGCGAUAAUUGACAACCUGAAAACCAAGAACACGGAAUCUUCUGCUUCACCCAUACUGUCAUCGCCAGUUUCGUUUCAAAGUCCUAUACUUUCGAGUGAAAGCAGUUCUGCAUCCUUUAAUCGUCCCCACUUUUCAUCGCCGCCCGCUCGUUCUUGCCAGAGAAGGUCUCACACGUCAUUGUCCUUGUUAUCCAAAAUUCAAGUGGACAUAUGUUCAAUCAACGUCACCAAAACAUUCGGAGGAGACGUUUACAAGGCUUCUGUGCAGGACGUAUCUUGCGUUUGUAGUCCAAGCGACCCUGAUCACAACUCUUCGCAUCGCACUUGGCUCGGAUCUUACCAUCAGCCCACUUUUUCCGUUUACGUUUUGCGACUCAAAAUCCGGGAAAGUGCUCUCAGUAGGCUCAGUAAUGUCUUCACUAGUAGCCUCCAGGUGCUUCUUGUCGGUACCCUAGAUGCAUCCUUCACGACAUCGGAAUGGCCUUCGUCUUUGCAACAUAUUCCACCGGGUGAUCCAAAUCGGCUUUUGUUGAUGAUGGAUCUCUCACUCGCUGAAUUUGCUGUUACGGAUCGCUUGGAUGUGAUACAUCAACUACUAAGCAGCCAAAAAAUAUCAUCUCCUCCCCGCGCGUCCCUCGCACUCCCUGAGACCUUAUCACCUAUCCCUCGAAUUAUCGCCAAUAUUGAGGUUGGCCGCCUUUCUGCACGUCUGAUCUGUGCGGAUGCAAUGGGCUCUCAGACGCCAUUUUCCCUAGUCUUGGAGUCCAAAGGUCUUAACGCCCAUUUCAUAUCGACGUUCCGCGUGAAGCCGUCCAUCACAUACAAUUCUGGUCAUGUGUUCUCUGAUCAGACUGGAUUGCACAUGAUACUGCAGUGGGACUUUCAUAUGGAACCUGUCUUCUUGAAUAUGAACACAGCUUCUCUUCCGCGGAGAGCGUCAAGACGGUUUUCCAUACAUAAUCCGAAUUCGGAAGGGUUUGACAGCUUGCUUUCCCUCGAAGCAAUUGAAGCCAGAGGAGAAUUAACUGCUGUAGGGGAGUUUAUCGAUGAUGGACAAACCGCAUUCAAUUUGCUGUGCACCAAGUCUCUUUUCCUCGACCUACACUGCUACACAGAAGGGAUCAUAUUGGAAUUGUGGCAUCCGCAGUCUGUUGCUGCUGUAAUUGCCAUUAUUCCCUUACUCUUGGUGAAAGAAAGUACGCCUACACCAUCUGAUAAGCCCCUCAUGCUACCUCUUGGUUACGCCGUGUCUCUAUCUGUCGCUCGGCUGGUCCUUUUCAUCACAGGUCAAGAUAUCAAUCCCAAUGCAGAAAGCGAUGUCACACGUGGUAUUGCGUUUAACACAGGCAUAGCAAUGCGGUACUGUUCUAUGCAUCCAGAUCAAGUUCAGUCUGUAGAGCAUGCGAGGGCACGUGCGCAGAACAGACAUAAGCUAUAUCUUCCUGCAGACCACCUCGCAGAAGCAUUAGUCUCUGCAAGGGCUUCUGCGGCGUCCACUGAAAGUGCUGCUUAUGGGAAAUUGGUUCUGUGGAAGACGUCUCUGCGUUCAGCUGCUGCUGACACGUAUUCGAUGGACGACCCGUAUAUCUUUGAAAAAGACGAUCACGUAUUCACAGGAAAACAGUUCGUGUUCUUACACAGAACGGAGGUCGACGUCACUUCCCGAGGGAUCAGGUUACAAAACUCAGGAAUUUUGCAGUGCAGUGCACACGCCAUAUCUGCGACCGUCGAUGAAAUCCGGGUUUCCUUUGACUUGUGCCAUGUCACUGCCUCCCUCCUUGCACUUCAAGUAUUGCGGAACAUAAUACCCAAGUUCCGACCUGCAAAAAUGUCCAGUGGCUCACGCGCCCUGAGCUUGAGCUUCCGGGGGAUGGUCAAGGCACUGCAGAUCCGAUGGAAUCUACCAGGGCAGCAGCCUGUCACGCGGAUCAACUACCUGGAGGCGACUGUCAGCUCCGGGAAUAUCGAGUGCUGCUUCAAUUCAUUCGUGUUCUGGGUUCCGAUGCCUGCAAAGCCGCAUCGGUGGAGGGAGAUAGAGGAAGGUCGAUGGGAGGAGCUUGGGCGUUUGCAUAGGUGCACAGUUAGUUAUGGAGGUAAACCUGACGAUGCUAUCCUGAUUGAAGGGGACAGUAUCCGCUUCGCAGUCCCUUCAGGAUAUGUACUCGCGGAAUUGCUCCUUGCCAUUACCCUGACAAUUAAGGCUUCGCGCCACAUACAUCGUAUGGUCGCCACAGGCACAUACUUUCCUUUCCCUCCCCCAGAGGCUGAAGGUCCGAUGGUUUUACCGAAUAUCUCGGUGUCCAUCCGUGCCAUAUGCUUGGAGGCAGCAGAUGACCCUUUCGAAUCUCAGCUGGGGUUGCUUUGGAGAACCGGCCUCGACGCUGCCAAAGAGCGCAUUCAGCGGGAAGACGCGUUUGACGCAAAAGUCGUUGCAAUAUUGGCUGCAGAAGGAGCUGACGCUUCACCGUCACAUAACACUGCAUUCAGCUCAGACUACCAGUUUGAUGCGGGUCAUUCUAUUUCUGUUCGUGAGGCCCGGGAAAGACUACACAUGCUUCAUUCCCUUGAUUGGCUUCUGCGACAUAAACAACGGAGGCAAAAACGGGCGGCCAAAGAAGACGACUUCCACCGAGAUUUCCGAGGAGCAAAUCCAUUGAAGCGCCCGACCAGUGUUCCAAAUCUCGUGAACGUCACCGGUAGCCACCGUACACCACCCCUAUUCCGCGCCGUUAUCUAUGGAUUCCAGUUACAGCUCUCCCAGCCAUCAUUUCCAACGGAGCAACUACCCGACUUCUUAUAUGUUCAAGGCCAGGGCGUCCCUAAGGACACGUUCUACACGCUCCUUCUUCCCAUGCAUCUCGAUAUCUCCUUGAGAUCUCUUCAAGUCACACUUCGAGACUAUCCGUUGCCACUCCUGCAUAUCCCGUUUCAUUCUGAAGGCAAAGACCUGCCUGUCCUGAGGUUCAUUUCUGACUUGGUCAUUGCCGAGGACAUGGGACCAUCACAAUCUGUCGAGUGGAUUCCCUGUACCAUCGGUGGGGCUCAAGGCGGUUUUGUCCCGAGUAGCCCUCUCAUUAUUGAAAUUCCCAAAACCAUCAUGCCCGUCAAGACAUACGCUAAUCCCACUGUCAAAGUUAUGACGGAUGGGGUAACAAUUUUUGGUUGGGGUGCAAGCUACAGCGCAACUACUCAAGAUCUCGUUCGGAUCUUGGAGAGCUUGACAUCAGAAACGCGUGAUCCGUCUCCCAGCAUUGGGUUUUGGGACAAGCUGAGGCUCAUUUUUCACUGGACUAUCGAAGUGUCAUUCGUUAACGAGGUCAGACUCUACAUGAAAGGUACACGUGAUCCAUACACCCUUCACGAUGAAGGUGCUGGCUUCGGACUCUGCUGGAAAGGCAAUCCCAAAUUACUCAUUGGAUUUCCGAACGACGUCAAUGAACUUAUUCAGGUGUCAAGUGAUACCAUGUCUAUCAUCAUUCCAAAGUUCCAUUGUGAGUGGGACGUCACCCAAAACAAGCUGGACGCCAGUGAAGCGCACAGCGCCGCGCCUGGUUGCCUCAAGACCUGUGCCAAACUCGGCUCCGGUGUACGUUUUGGAGUUGGUGUCAUACUAGAGCGGUCUUGCAGCACUGAAGAUUGUACAUCUUGCUGCCUCGGUUCCUCUUUCGACCGUCAUUGCCGUUUUUUCGCCUUCCGGCCUCAUCAUGAAGUGCAGCUUACGACUACGAAAACGGACAAACACUCCCAGACACUUCAUGACUCUUAUAAGGGCUUCCGAUCUGACUUCAUUCACCUUUCCGUGUCUUUAACAUCUUCUCUGCAUUCGCAUACCUGCACCGAUCUAUCCAGCCCGAGUAGUUUCCAUUUAACACCACACGCAUUUGCUCAUUUCUGGUCCUGGUGGGCACUCUUUGACGGCAAUUUGUCCUUGCCUGUCAGACAGGGCUCGUAUUAUCCCUCCAAAACAGUGUCCCCCAAGUUUGCUCGUCACCUUGCAACUGUGAAGUACCGAAUAGUGGUGCCUCGCUUAUUCAUAUCUCACGUCUACAUUGAUGACACGAGAGACUCCUGGAUUUCUGGAAUCACUUCGUUUGUGGGCACCAAGGCUAACGUUGGCCAUUUUCAAGCAGAUAUGCACCAGAGGGACCAAGAAUCUAUUGCUCCAGGCGACGGUCAGGACAGCAUCAAGGUUGUGCGACAUAAGCCCUUCUAUGCGGCGGAGGUGGUCAUGAAAGACAUGGACCUUCGCGCCAUGCUGGCCACCUUUUCUGAGCCUCUGAAGCAAGCCAUUCCUCUGUCGUUCGAAGGUGAUCGGGACACCAAUAACUGCACAAAGCCGUUACCAAGAAUCACUCCCUCGGACUGGAUUGAUGCCGACGAUUUCGUGGAAACAGAUUGGUCUUCCAAACUUGAACCAGAUAUACAGCUCCUUCCAUUGUUGCUUUGUUCCAGAUUGACUUAUUUCAAGAAAAAUGCCACUUCUGGAGCUAUGGAGGGUAGCAAAUUUGGCGUAGAGGAUACGCACACGUGUCUCCUUGGAAGCGAGCCUUCUGUUCCGCAGAUUGAAGUUGACCUCGCGAAUCAUCGAAUCGCGCAACUCCGGGACCUUGCCACCCUUAACCCUCACGUCAACGAAGGGACUUCAACUUCUCUGCACAGAAUGACAGCCUUGUUACAAGACUACGCGAAUCAUUUACGAAUGACCGAAAUUCCUCACACGGGUUCUCGGAGCAGCAACAUUGAAAACUACUAUAUGCCUUCUGAGACUGUCGAGGCUGACGAAUGGGCAGAGUUUGAGAACGUCUACCAAUUUCAUGCUCCCAAGGUUUUCAUGAACGAUUCGAUCCGUGAUGUCAUGCUACAGUACUAUAACUGUUCAAAGGCGCGACAGGGAUUUGAGUAUCAUAUGGCAACGCGCGCUGUCAAGUUCAUCAGGGACCAGGCUGAAACUGUCCUGUCAACUGGGCCCCCGACCGAUCGUCAGAAGUUCAAGGGCCCCGUGAAUACAGCUCAGACUGCUGCAACUGUUCUAAAAAGAAUCUUGAGUCGGGAUCGUAAUGACGUCUCGAUCGAGGUUGACGAUGACGAUGACGUCCCAGAUGGAGAUGGUGCCGUCAAUCCUCUGGUCGGCUGGGAUGAAGGAGUGGCAUUACAAAAAUGCCAUUUCUGCCUGCUUUUGAAGCCUCAGAUCGUUUUACGCAGUGAAGGAACUAGUGAUUCCGUUUCUGUCUUGGCUGCUGUUCAGGCUAAGCUGCAAUCGUUCACGAUUAUGGACAAGUCUAACCUGGAGGAUCCGGUCAGCGGUACCAUCAUGACUAGGAGUUACAUGUCUGUGGACGGUCUCCAGACAUUCUGUCCUGUAGACUUGGAAUCUUGUGGCGAUGGAUGUGUGCCACUGGAAGUUCUCAUCGACUACCGUUGUGAAAGUGACGCCUUCGACCGAAUAGUCCCCCAGACAAAUGCUACGUGCCAGUACGAUCGGUUUAAUCGCCUUCGUCUACGUAACAAUGUAACAUCAGUCACUCGGUCUGUGCCGGACAAUGAGCACCGUCGAGGCAAAUAUGCUCAUUUACAGAAUGAGACAGAUCUGGUCCAAGUCCGUAUCCCUCGGUUCUCUGUUUCUGCCAGCGACCGUCAUUUCCAAUCCAUAUCUAACAUUAUCACAAAUCUCAUACUUUUCUCCGAUGCCGCUCACAAAACUCGGUUGGAGAAGAUUGAGGCUUUACUCUUUGCUUAUGACUUUACAGAUUUCACAUCUGCGGCAAAUGUUGUCUCGGAUUUACAAAGUCGCCUUAGAAACGCCCUCGAGACGCGGAGGGAUGCUGAAAAUCAUGCGUUAUCGGCCGUCUCGGAGACCAGGCUAGAAAUAAUUAAGCUCAAGGCCCAUAUCUUCCUUCUGACUGAGGAACUUAAUCUGAUAUUCGACGCCAUCAAGUUAGCCCAGGAUCGAGCCGAUGAGCGCUCAGACCAGAAGUCAGCGCUUCUGCUUCUUGCUUCUUCCUCGGAAAUUUCGUGGCAAAUGCUAGAUGAUCAUCAAGAACUUCUUGCAAAGCUCGCAGUCCGCGACAUCGAUUUCUCUUGGCUCAGUAAACAAGACAGUUCGACGAUGACAAAUCUUGUGGUGGGAGACCUUCAGGCAUUUGACGGUUCUCCUCAUGCUCCUUGGGCUGAGAUUGUGUCCAAAUUUGAGGACCCAUCUAAUCACCCCAUGUGCAAGAGAGGAGUAUUUCUUGAUGCUGAUUGGGCAGUGCUUGCCCCUGUAGGGGGGAUUACCAUCUAUGAAAAAUUCCAGCUUGAUUUUCAUCCAAUCAGACUUCAGCUAGACGCCAGUCUUGGUCAACGAAUCAUGGAAUACGUCUGGCCGGCGCGGAGAAGUAGGAACAGGGGCACCGAUACUGUAUCUUCGUACGAUACGCACCACCCCAAACCCCGAGCGUCGUUGGAUUCUUCUAAGCUCAACCAGCCACGCUCAUCGCUGGACUGCACCAGUCUCACUCCUCCUUUACGUAAGUUAGGCUCCUCAAGGUCAUUCACAGAUCUUCGGAGUACGGCGGCAAACGCCAUGAUCACGUCGUAUCCUGCCACACAAUCCAAUCAGCAUUCUUUGACAACCGACGCGCUGGAUGAAUCUCGUCGACAUAGGCACAUGAUAAUACGACAGGUAUCGUCCGAGCACAAGACUGAUUUCGAUGAGAUGAAAACGCGCUCCUCACAAAAAAACUUCGUGCUUGUUAAGAUCUCCAGUUUAGAGUUGCUGUUAAGCAUCAUGAAGGCUUCAUCUUUUGAAUGCCGUGAUGCACGCAUUCGGACGCACGCGUUGGAGAUUAGAAACCAGACCUGGAGUUUUGAAGAGCUGGUUGAUCAGUUUAUCCCAUCGGAUCUCACGUGGAAAGGCUGGGUCAAGAUAGCUUUGCAUCAACCAUUGGUUCCAGUCUUCCCUGUGGCUCGAGAGUUAUUCUCAAAGACGAAGCUAACAGCCUCCAAAAGUGUCUCGCAGCUAGAUCCUCGAGCUCCCCGGAAAAUACUGAAGCUAAAACCAAGGCGAACAGACACCAACUCGACUGCUGCACCAGCAAGACCAAGAACGUCAUCCUCAUGUGGUACCAACCCUAGUAGAUUUAUUGGAAUGUCUCUCACGGACGAGCCCACCGACAUGGAUGAAUCGACUCCCGCCCCUCCUGUGCCAGAUAUUAAUCGUCCAUCAAGCCGCGCUCGGCUACUCAGUGUUUUCAGUCGCAGCAGAAAGAGCCUAGACAAUAACCCCGACUCGGAAUGUCAGUCUGUGGAUCGUCGCGAUACUGAAUCUCCAGUGUCCAAGGAAGGUCCUUGAUGAGUGCUCAGAAGGAUAUAUCUUACUGCUUUCUCUUAAUUUAUUUCAC